AUGGGGAAGUUAAUCCGCCUUGAGCUCUUCAAUUUCAAGUCUUACAAAGGCCACCACACCCUUCUUUUCGGCGAUGCCUACUUUACCUCCAUCAUCGGCCCCAAUGGCUCGGGGAAAUCCAACUCCAUGGACGCGAUUUCUUUCGUGCUUGGUAUCAAAUCAUCCCAUCUUCGAUCAGCGCAUCUCCGAGACCUCGUCUACCGUGGGCGAGUUUUGAAGACAUCCAAAAUCAAUGAUGACGGUUCUGCAGUAGCCCCGGGUCAGGAUGGCGACGCGAACGGCGAUGGAGAAGCUUCUGAUGGGGAGUCGCAAGCACAACGCCCUGGUCGCAACGAUCCCAAGAGCGCGUGGGUUAUGGCUGUAUACGAGGACGAUGCUGGCGACGAGCAGAAAUGGAAGCGCACAAUCACCAACCAAGGCUCUAGCGAAUAUCGAAUCAACGAUCGCGUGGUCACUGCGUCACAGUACAAUGAAUCCUUGGAGACUGAGAAUAUUCUCAUAAAAGCGCGGAACUUCCUUGUCUUUCAGGGAGACGUCGAGGCCAUUGCAUCCCAAUCACCCAAGGACCUCACUCGACUGAUCGAGCAAAUCUCGGGAAGUCUGGAAUACAAGGCAGAAUAUGAGCGAUUAGAGGAAGAGUCCGGACAGGCAGCCGAGAAUCAAAACUACAACCUCCAUCGUCGUCGCGGCAUCAACUCUGAGAUCAAACAAUACCAGGAGCAGAAGAAAGAAGCCGAAGCGUACCAGGCUAAGGCAGAUGAGCGUGACGAUGCGAUUGUUACGCAUAUCCUCUGGAAACUCUACCACUUCCAGCGCGUAAUGGAGGAAUCUACGGCCAGUAUUCAGGAACAUCAGGAAAAUCUGAAAGAGUAUCGGCGAGGUGUUGAGAAGUACGAAAAGACUCUCGAGGAAGCUCGCCAGGCCCAGGCCAAGGUCAGUAGGGAUGUCGCGAAAGUGGAGCGAAGCAUCAAGAAUAAGGAGAAAGAUGUCGAGGCAAAAGAGAACAGUCUGGUACCUAUCGAUGAAAAGGUGGACCUCAGCAACGCCGAUAUUGAGAAAAUUCGACGAAGAAUCGAAUCUGUCAUGAAGGAACGGGAGAAUCAGGCCUCUCUAAUAGAGCGCUCAAAAAAGGAUCUUGCGAUCAUUCAGAAGGCCCAAAAACAGUUCGAGCUCCAAUGGGAGGAAACUCUGAAGAAGCAAGGAAAGCAAUUGAGUGAUGCCGACUUCAAGGAGUACAAUACUCUCAGAUCUCAAGUGAUGGCAAAGACUGCAAACAAUCAGUCCAAGCUGGAAAAUCUUGUGCGACAAAUGAAAACUGAUGAGGUUACAGUCAACAGCCUCAAAGGAAAAGUCGAAGCAUUUCGAGCCUCUAUUGAAAAGCUCGAGGCUGAAGUCAAUACCAUCAGCGAGCGCAAGGAGACAACGAGGCAGGCCGUCAAAGAUAUCUCAAAGGAGAUCGACUCCAAAAAGAAGGAAGUCAACCAUAUCCAGUCAGAACGUGUUCGUAUCAACCAGUUGCACACAGAAAAGGAGGAAAAGCUGCAGGCUUUGUUGAGGACCAUUGACGAAGCGAACUUUGGCCGCAGACAAAAUGACAAGGAACAGAGGACGAAGGAUACGAUUAUCGCACUCAAGCGCCUUUAUCCGGGUGUGCGUGGUCGUGUUGGCGACUUGUGUAAACCAAAACAAAAGAAGUACGAGGAGGCCGUUAGCACUGCUCUCGGCCGGGACUUUGACUCUGUGGUUGUUGAUACUGAGAAGAUUGGCACAGACUGUGUCCAGUACCUAAAAGAUCAACGCUUCAGCCCGAUGACAUUCAUUCCCCUCGACAACAUCAAAGUCUCUGCUCCCGAUGCGAAUCUCAAAGGGCUCCCGAAGGCUCGCCUCACUAUCGAUACAAUUGACUUCGAUUCUUCUCUGGAACGAGCAAUGGCAUAUGCUUGUGGCACGUCUAUUGUAUGCGACGAUCUGAAGACCGCCAAAAACAUUGUCUAUGAGAGAAAAAUGCAAGUCAAGGCCGUUACGCUUGAAGGCUUCGUCAUCUACAAAGAUGGACCAAUGACCGGUGGUCGUAUGCCCGAGAACAAAAACAAUAAGCGAAAGUUCGGCGACGAUGACAUCCAGAAGCUUAAAGGCCAGGCCGAGAAGUUCCGUGAAGAGAUUGAGGCACUCCCUAAGGUCAAUCGCAGAGGCGCGGUGGAAGAGAGCCUUCAGAAUGAAUUAGCUGGCCUGGAGCAGCGCCUGGCCUACUCGAAAAGUGAGCUCGCCGCAUUUGAACAGAACCUUGCAAGCAAGAAGAAAGAGCUAGCCCACGAGCAGCGUCAAUUGAAUGAAAUGCAGCCUAAGUACGAGGAGAAGGAAUCUGGUCUUGAAAACAUUACCGAAAAGGUAGAUGAAUUCAGGGAUGCUGUGGCCAAAGUGCAAGAUGAAGUUUUCUCUGAAUUCUGCAAGAGACUCGGUUAUGCCGACAUUCGUGCCUACGAAGCUCAGCAAGGCAGUCUGGAGCAAGAAGCUGCUGAAAAGAAAAGCUCGUUCGAGGUGCAGAAGCAAAGAUUGACUACAACACUUAACUGGGAAGUCAAUCAACAUAAGGAGAUCGCUAUGCGACUCCAGCGUCUUGAAGAUCGUGUCGAGGCCCUCAGCAAUAAUAUUGAGGAACUCGGGCAGGAGAAGGCAGCUCUAGAAAAUUCCAUCGAUAUCGACAGAGCUGAGAUUACUACGUUCGAGGACGAAGUGCACAAGCUAAAGGAAAAACUUGCAGCAAAGAGCGAAAAGGUUAACCAGGCUCGAAACGAGCUUCAAAGGCGGAGCAAGGAGAUUGACAUGCGGACUAAGGCAAUCACCGCCCUCGAGGCGGAGGUACAGCGCAACUCUGCCGGCCGGUACGCAAUCCUCCGGCGAUGCAAGCUGGAGCAGAUUGCAAUUCCUUUGGCGCAACACUCGAGGAAACUCGAUUCUCUGCCCGUUGAUGACAAUGUUCUCCAGGCCGACCCUGAUGCCAUGGAUGUCGACGAGGACGAGGAAGCGCCUCAGCAAUUAAAGGAUUAUGGCAUCGAGGUGAACUUUGAUGAUCUCGAUGACGACUUGCAGAAACCCGAUGAGGAAGAGGUUGAGGAGCAAUUGCUUCAGCGUAUCACUGAUCUGAGUGCUGAACUCGAGAAGCUGAAUCCGAACAUGCGCGCGAUUGAUCGACUAGACGGUGUUGAGGCACGUCUAAAAGCUACCGAAAAAGACUUUGAGGAUGCUAGGAAAUUAGCCAAGAAAUCGAGGGAUGCAUUCUUGGAAGUCAAAGAGAAGCGCUUUGAUCUGUUCAACAAGGCUUUUUCACAUAUCUCGGAGCAGAUUACCCAUGUCUACAAAGAUCUUACUCGAUCCUCGGCAUUCCCUCUUGGCGGCCAGGCGUACCUAGAUAUCGAAGACAGCGAUGCGCCAUACCUUUCCGGCAUCAAAUACCAUGCUAUGCCGCCUCUGAAGCGUUUCAGAGACAUGGAGCAUCUUUCGGGAGGAGAAAAGACAAUGGCAGCCCUCGCACUUCUCUUCGCUGUGCACUCGUAUCAACCCAGUCCCUUCUUCGUUCUUGACGAGGUUGACGCUGCUCUUGACAAUGCCAAUGUUGAGAAGAUCAAGAACUACAUCCGAGAGCAUGCAGGUCCUGGUAUGCAGUUCAUCGUCAUUAGUUUGAAGACGGGUUUGUUCCAGGGCAGUGAGAGCUUAGUGGGUGUUUUUAGAGACCAGGAGGCCAACAGCUCGAAGACCUUGACGCUCGAUUUGCGCAAGUAUGUAUGA